AUGUCGAGUACCCCGUCAACCCGUCCUCAAACACCACUUACAUCUUUCUCAGACUCCGAGGACCUGCAGCACGACCCACACGUCAUUUCUGAUGAGAAUGAAGAAACCCUUACCCACGAUCCUAAAUACUAUCUCGACGAUGAGAUGACUAUAUUCCUGGUCGAACGACGUCUAUUCAAAGUUCAUCGCCACUUCCUCAUCCGAGAAUCAGAUUUCUUUCGCACUUUAUUCCAGCUACCGACAGGAGUAAACACUCGAGUCGAAGGUCGAUCAGAUGACCUGCCUAUCCCUUUGCCUGGAGUAAAGGUAGAUGAGUUCAUCUCUCUACUGGACUUUUUCUAUGAGGGAAUGCAUGCUCCUCAACUCACAGCAGACUCCGACAUCUCUUGCAUUCAUCACUGGUCCAGGAUACUGUCCAUCUCCACGCGAUUUUCCUUCGACCGGAUCCGCGAGAUGGCCAUCGAGCAGCUCAGUCCUCAUUUGGACCCCAUCAGCAAGAUCUGUCUUGCCCGUACGUACGACAUUGAGGAGUGGCUCUUUCCUGCUUACGAGCAGAUAUGCCAAAGAGAUAAUGCUCUUGAAGCCUGGGAAGCAGAGUUGAUCGGACUCCGGACCGCAAGACUGCUAGCCCAAACUCGUGAAGAGCUUCAUAGAAGUAGAGACCCUUGGAGGGAAGUCAUAGUCCGUGAUUAUUCCCCGUCACCAGGCCGACAUCCUUCGUCUUCGUCUCCGCCUCCAUUCUUCUCUCCAUCAAGCGUUAAAUGUCUUCUAGGCGAAGUAUUCCCCAAGUCCGACCCAUAUAUUGCGGUCUUUGAGACAGAGCAAGGACGAAGCACCUUCGAGCCUAUGUCAUAA